GUAAACAAUUGAGGGGACGGAAGGAGUAUACGAUUCCAUGCUCCAACAUAUCGAUUCUCUUUAAAUCCACCCAUGCCGCCGCUCUGUCUCUGAAAAACACACACACACAACCAUGAAAACAUUUCAUCUUCUUUCAUGUACACUUCUCCUUCUUCUUCUUCUUUUAAUACAAUUAUCAUCAUCUUCUUCAGAUCUUGAAGCUUUGCUAAGCCUCAAGGAUUCGCUGGUGGGGCCCAACAGCUCAGGCCUUGCUGACUGGACUGCCAACACAUCACACUGCUCAUUCACCGGAAUCACAUGCGACGAUGACUCACGAGUCAUCGCGCUCAACAUCUCCGACGUGCCUCUCUUCGGCACCAUCUCGCCGCAUAUCGGCCUGCUCACCAGCCUCCUCACUCUCGUUCUCUUCUCCGACAAUCUCACCGGCACCUUGCCGCCGGAGAUGGCCCACUUAACCGCCGUCAAACACAUUAACAUCUCGUAUAAUGUGUUUACCGGCGAGUUCCCCGGUGCAAUCGUCGUCAACAUGACGCAGCUGGAAGCUUUCGACGCGUACAACAACAACUUCUCCGGCAAUCUUCCGCUGGAGUUCGGCCGGUUGAGUAGUCUCAAAUGUCUGUCGCUCGGAGGAAACUAUUUCUCCGGCGACAUUCCGGAAGAAUACACACAACUUAAGUACUUAGAGAACUUGAGUUUACAAGGAAAUAGUCUCCGCGGGAUUAUCCCGCGGAGCCUAUCCAAGUUAUCCAAGCUUCAAAUUCUGCGUUUGGGUUAUUAUAAUAUGUAUCUGGGAGGGAUUCCGUCGGAGCUGGGAACUCUGAGUGAUCUUCGUCUUCUCGAUCUCGGUGGUUGUAAUCUAACAGGCGAGAUUCCGGCCAGCCUGGGAAAUUUGAAGCUCUUGCACACUCUGUUCCUUCAGUACAACAAUCUCACAGGUCAUAUUCCUUGGGAGCUUUCAGGUUUGAUCAGUCUCAUGUCCUUGGAUUUGUCGAUUAAUAAGCUUACCGGCGAAAUUCCGAUGAGUUUUGUUGGUUUAACUAAUUUGACGCUUCUCAAUCUGUUUGAUAAUCACUUUGUUGGGCCUAUUCCGGAGUUUGUGGGUGAUUUUCCUAAUUUAGAAGUGCUGGCUGUUUGGGAGAAUAAUUUCACUUUCGAAUUACCUCCGAAUCUCGGGAGUAAUGGCAAGUUGAAGCAGGUGGAUGUUACUGGAAAUCAUCUUACUGGGAUGAUUCCCAGGGAUUUGUGCAAAGGAGGGAGAUUAGUGACUUUGAUUUUGAUGCAGAAUUAUUUCCUUGGAUCGAUUCCGAGUGAGCUGGGGGAGUGUAAGUCGUUGAUUCGGAUACGAAUUCAGAAUAACUACUUCAAUGGUAGCAUUCCUGCAGGGUUCUUUAACAUGCCCAAGCUAGAGAUACUGGAAGUCAAUGGUAACUACUUUUCGGGACAACUUCCUGCCAGUAUUUCGGGGAAUUCACUUCAGAGUCUUGUUAUUUCUAAUAAUUUGAUUUCGGGGGAAAUUCCAAGUGGUAUUGGCAAUUUGGUCAAGUUAGAGCGGUUGGAGCUGCAAGUGAACAACUUUUCAGGGGGGUUUCCGAAAGAAAUUUCUAAUUUGAAGAUGCUCUUGAAGAUCAAUAUCAGUGCCAACAACUUGACGGGUGGUAUCCCCGCGUCAAUUGCUCGUUGCACGAAGCUGAUCUCUAUUGAUUUGAGUCGGAAUAGUUUGAAUUCUGAACUUCCCGCUCAACUUACAAUGUUGCCGGAUUUGAAUUCUCUUAAUCUAUCUCAAAAUCAACUCAGUGGUGCAAUUCCGCGUCAAUUGGGAUACAUGAAGAGCUUAACAAUCUUGGAUCUUUCAUACAACAAUUUUUCUGGCAGGAUUCCGGUUGAUUGGCAAUUGAAGGACUUCAGUGACGGAAUCUUGGCCGGAAAUCCAAACCUUUGUACCCCCAACAAGAAGUAUUGUCCUGUAGUCACUAAUUCAUCUGACGCCUCUCAUAGAGGCCACAGAUUUAGCACUUCGAAUCUUGUUAUUGUCAUAAUCGUAUUAGUUUUUCUGGGAUUACUGUUGGUGGUUACGUUUCUAAGAAUAAGAAAGAGGAGGCUCGAGAAAUCAAAAGCAUGGAAGCUCACUGCAUUCCAAAGGCUUGAUUUUAAAGUUGAAGAUGUUGUCGAAUGCCUCAAGGAAGAGAACAUAAUAGGCAAAGGUGGAGCUGGAGUUGUUUAUCGCGGUUCCAUGCCAGAUGGCAUUGACGUGGCAAUUAAGCGACUAGUUGGGAGCCGACACAAUGAUCACGGAUUCUCAGCUGAGAUUCAGACCCUUGGGAGAAUUCGCCACAGGCACAUUGUUAGGUUGCUGGGGUACGUUUCCAACAAAGAUGCCAAUUUGUUGUUGUACGAGUACAUGUCGAAUGGGAGCUUGGGGGAGAUAUUACAUGGUUCUAAAGGAGCUUAUCUGCAGUGGGAAACAAGGUACAGAAUUGCUGUGGAGGCUGCCAAGGGAUUGUGUUAUUUGCAUCAUGAUUGUUCGCCAUUAAUCAUCCACAGGGAUGUCAAGUCGAAUAACAUACUGCUGGAUUCUGAUUACGAAGCUCAUGUUGCUGAUUUUGGACUAGCAAAGUUUUUGCAGGAUGCUGGUGCAUCCGAGUGCAUGUCCUCCAUCGCUGGAUCCUACGGUUACAUUGCUCCUGAAUACGCUUACACCCUGAAAGUGGAUGAGAAAAGCGAUGUCUACAGCUUCGGAGUAGUACUUCUGGAGCUAAUAGCAGGGCGGAAGCCAGUUGGUGAAUUUGGCGACGGCGUCGACAUAGUGAGGUGGAUAAAGAAAACAACAUCAGAAUUGUCCCAACCAUCUAAUGCAGCUUCUGUGCUAGCAAUCCUGGACUCCAGGUUAAAUGCUUACCCGCUGAGUGGUGUGGUUUAUCUGUUCAAAAUUGCGAUGAUGUGCGUGGAGGAUGAGAGUGCCUCCAGGCCUACCAUGAGGGAAGUUGUUCACAUGCUCACAAAUCCACCACAAUGUGCUCCUACUCUUCUGGAAUAGCAAAACAAACGUUGGUUCUUCUCAAGAGACUAGUAGAAUAAAAUGCGCCCCUGAUAUUGUAAUAGCAUAAUAAUAGCAUGCUAAUGGCAUGCUCUGUUUCAUGGUUUUGCUAUAUAUUUAUCUCCUCCCCACUCUGUAUUAUUGCGUGGUAUUCGGCGGUUGGAGGGACAGUGAUUAACGUUAAAGUGUGAUGUGUAAUAUUUGUGUCACUGAUGUCUUGUAACAUGUUACUUGCCUGGUUUGAGGGUUGUUGAUGUAAAUGCAGGGAUCUAUUCCAAUUAAAACCUGCCAUAUGUCAUUAUGUACAUGUUUUUUUACACAA